CCCACUGUACUAGGCCAUAAGCAAGUCGCAAGAUGGCUCAUGUCGCUCGAAAGUAAUGCUUCCCUCUGCAACAGGGAACCACGAGUGUAGAAGAAAGCGAGGGAGGUGCCAUCUGACUUUUGAUUUUAUUUGAAUUGCUUCUUUAUUCCAUCAAGCUUCCAUCUUAUGCCACCUCGUAACCGCUCGGACUUGUCUUGGGGAGUUGACGCGUCAAAUCACGCCGGGGAACCUGCAAACAGCUAACUGAUAGCCUCCGUUCGUCAAUAUAAGUAUAGCUAUCCAUACCCACUAUUUGAUAUACUUACACAAGUACACGUGUGUACUUGUACUUGUAUUAACGUGUGUGUGUAUAUAUAUAUAUAACUACAUUGAUAUUAAAUAACAGAUUAGUUACCGCUUCGUGCUGACCUUUCUUAGUGUUAGUUCAGAAUAAUUUUGAAAAAAUAGUUCCGAAUUAAAUAAUCAGUCUUAAAGUUUACAUUUCUCGUAUGCCCAAAUUCAAUCCAUCCAUUUUGUGGUUUGCAGACUAAUUGCAGGAUUGUACGCGGUCGUACGUAGCAGGAAUAUUGUUCUAGAGACAUUUCACGGAAUUAUCCAGUUAUAUGCAUUCAGAUAGAUUCCUUUAACGUGUUAUGUUAAAGCAAAAUUAUGGGAGAAGAAAAUUUUACUUUCUUCUGUUUUUUCGGAGAUGAUAACACUGGCCUUAUUGACAUUUCACCAAAUAUCCACAAUUAUGGAAAGCAAUCCGUAUAGACACGACCAAAGCUGAAAAAUUGGCUUUCUGAUAUUGAAAAAAAUAAUUUAGUCAGAUCAGUUGCGCGGAAGCGUAUGUUGAUUAAUUUACCUUGCCUGGGUUUCAGUUAAGUUGUUUAACAGCUUGAGCUAAACGGUUCAUUACAUUGGAGACCUGUUAGCUUGCUCGCAGAGCAUAGCUAGCGCAGUCUCGCUCCAUAACACAUUACAAACACGGCGUACAGAACAUAUUCUGAGCACGCUCCCGGCCAAACACAUAGGCUCAAUAACACCGUCAUGGGAGUGCAGGGCUUUCAGGAAUAUUUAGAGAAGAGGUGUCCCGGGGCGGCCGUUCCUGUGGAUCUGCUGAAGCUCGCCCGUACCGCGGCCCGCCAGCCCCCUCAUCAUCACCACCCACAUCAUCCUGGGCCUAUGCCUCCUGCGCCUGCCAGAGUCCUUAUCGACGCUGACUCCAGCUUACAGCGCCUCUAUGGCGGCUACCAGACUGACUGGGUGUGCGGUGGCGAGUGGAAUGCCAUGCUGGGCUAUCUGGCCGCCUUGUCACAGGCUUGUCUGUACCAGGGUGGUCUGGAGUUGGUGGUGGUUUUCAACGGCACUCUUGGGAAGGAGCGUUGGCCCGAAUGGGCUCGCCGAGCUCAGGGACAGAGACAAACGGCACAACUGAUAGUCAACCACGUCGGUAGCAAGGCCACACCGCCUCCACGGGCAUGGUUCCUGCCCCCUGCUUGCCUCAGCCAUUGUGUUCGCCUGGCCAUGUUCCGCUUCCGAGUACGGGUUGUACAGACUUUAGAAGACCACCACCAGGAAGUGCUGUCUCUCUACAGAGACUGUGGAUUUGCUGGGUUGAUUGCCCAGGAUUCUGAGUUUGCACUUUGCAACAUACCAGCCUACUUUUCUUCGCACACUCUCAAACUCAGCUGGAAUGGCAAGAAUCUGACCACACAUCAGUAUCUCUUGUGUGAGGCUGCCAGGCAGCUUGGGCUCAAGACACAACACCUGCCUCUAUUUGCUGCUCUUCUGGGAAAUCAUAUUCUACCUGAUGAGGACCUGGCUGCCUUCCACUGGAGUCUGCUUGGACCAGAACACCCAUUAGCCUCUCUUAAGGUCCGAGCCCAUCAGUUGGUGUUGCCACCCUGUGAAGUGGUAAUCAAAGCUGUCUCAGAGUACGUUUCCUCCAUAAAAGACCUCAGGAACCUUGAUGCCAUUGCAAAAGAUGUCUUCAAACAGUCACAGUCACGUAUGGAGGACAAGGUAGAGCGGUUCAAGAAAGCUGUGGAGUAUUUCUCAGAUGCCUCCAAACCGCCUAGCAUGGGGCCCACUUCUUUCAUUUUACCAGGAUUUGGACAAACUCCCUUUUGUGGAUCACCUGGCUAUAUUGGACCGAUACACCCUGGAAAGAAUCAGUUCCCUGUUGCCCAGAUUCCUGUGUUAAAAUCCCCCUAUCAAAAUACUCCAGGUGGACCUGGCUCUGCCCCUAUGUUCCAGAACCCCCCACAGCCAUCUCAAGACUGCAGUGACUCUCUGACGGCAAAGAUGGGCCUCUCUGACUGGUCAGCUCCAUAUGAUUCCACACAAGGAGGGAGUCGGUUACCAAAUCAUCACAUUUCCCAGUCUGGACCCUCACCAUCACCUUCUUCGUCAUCAGAUGGAGAUGAACCUACUGAUGGCAACUCAAACCAUUUGGCAGACAAGCCCUCUCAAUGGCAAGACCUUCCUAGAAGAGGGACCUCAACCUCUGGUCACAGUUCCCAGGGCAACGGGAGUGGAUCAAACAUUCCAUCACUGUUAUCAAUGGCAACAAGGACUCACAUGGACAUAACUACGCCCCCACUGCCUCAGGUCAGUGCUGAGGUUCUACGUGUAGCUGAGCACAGGCACAGAAGAGGACUGAUGUAUCCCCAAAUUUACCACAUUUUGACCAAGGGAGAGAUGAAAAUCCCAGUGUGUAUAGAGGAUGAGUGUAACUCUGAACUGCCUCCUGCAUCUCUGCUUUUCCGUGCUGCCCGACAGUAUGCCUAUGGUGUCCUCUUCAGUCUCGCUGAAACACACCGCCGACUGGAGAGGCUUGCUCUCCGUAAGAGGACUCCCAUGGAAGUUCCUCCAGUGAUUGUCAAAGAGUGGAGCAGCGGAAAGGCCAAGUCAGCACUGACACCAGAGCUGGUUCCGGCACUGUGUUUCAGAGAGUGGACCUGUCCUAACCUGCGGCGCCUGUGGUUGGGUCGUGCCAGUGAAGACCGCUCCAGAAGAACCAGAGCCUUCCUGGCAUGCCUACGCUCCGAUUGCCCUGCCCUCCUUAACCCCACACAAGUCCCACAGCAUUUACUGCUUAUGUGCUGUGUGCUCAGGUAUAUGAUGCAGUGGCCUAGUGGACGGAUUCUCCAAAGACAUGAGCUUGAUGCUUUCCUAUCCCAAGCUGUUUCGAGUCAGCUCUAUGAGCCCGAACAGCUCCAGGAGCUCAAGGUUGAGAAGAUGGAGGCCCGAGGUGUACAGCUGGCUGCUCUCUUUAUGGCCGGCGUUGACACAGCCUUAUUAAUUAAUGAUGUCUGCGGCCAGCCAUUGCCAUGGGAACACUGCUGUCCCUGGGGCUUUUUUGAUGGCAAAUUGUUCCAGAGCAAAUUAGCACGUGCAACCCGUGACCGGUCUGCCCUACUUGAUAUGUGUGAGGGACAGGAGGAGCUGGUGUCAAAGGUUGAGAAGAUGCGCCAAGCAAUCCUCGAGGGCAUCAAUCUGUCCCGCCCUCCUCCUCCUCCUCCACCUCUUCCACCUCCUGCCUUUCUCUCCCCUGCCAUGGCAUCCCCGUUCUACCCCAUGCCUCCUCUCUACCCACCACGCCCCAUGGGUGGCUUGCCCCCUCACCAUCACCCACAUCAUUCACAUCAUCCUGCCCAACAUAGAUCUCGAGCUUUUCCAGGAAUUCAGUCUAUUCCCCCCCAAGGAGGGAAACUGGAGAUAGCUGGAAUGGUAGUUGGUCAAUGGGCUGGUAACAAGCCGGUCCGUGGUAGAGGAGUCUUCAACAUGCAGGUGGUGUCAGUUGGAGCAGGAAAAGGUAGGGGAAAGGAGAUCCCUGCAAAGGGAGUGAAAAAAACAGCUGCAGAUAGAUCACAGAGCUUGUCUUCCCCCCAAUCCAUCAGUCCCCCAAAGCUCUCAGAGGAGGUAGGCUUGAGUCCAGUGGUUGCAACUCAGCAGGUGAAUGUCAGCUCGGUAACUUCUGCCAUUAGCCAGCCCUUGGAUCUGGUCCCCUUGGCCCAGCCAAUCCCCUGUGCCUUAGCCAGCAGAGAAAACCAAUCAGAGGGGGUGGAAGAAGAGACCCCCUGUUGCCUUGAUGACUGCGCAUCAGAUGGAGCUCUGCAGAAGGAAGAGUGAUAGAUAUCCUUCCCAGGAUGCACUCAAGAGAGAUAUCUGUGUUUGACUGCCUUUCCAUUUUAUUGUAGCCUUGUAUUCUAGCUAUACACAUUAUCAAAAGGAGCAGAAAGUGAAGCAAGGCCCCUGUUGUGCUGCUCUAUUUGAUUGGCUGAAGUGGUUAGCCGUUGCUCCCUUUUAUUUUUAUAAUUCAAAUUACAUUGUUUUAUAAAAAAGAAAGGUUUCUCCAUGAGUCUGAGUUUGUAUCCUAUCCAUUAGAAAAUCCUAUAUGUCACUAAGAUAAACAUGUGGCCCUGUCCAUGUCACAGCCUAACACUUAAAUAAACAAGCCUUCUCCCACUAUCCAGAUAUCUGUAGAAUUAGCAUAACUUAUAAUGGUCCCAUUGUUUAUAUAAUUUCUAACUGAGAUGUGGUGAUGGAUAUCAAUUAUCCCAUCAAUUAUGUGGGAUAUGAAUGCUUACGGCUGCAGGACUUGAUGGCCAUUGUUUCUAGUUACUAAUUGUUAUAAGUUUUUAAUCACAAACAUUUUGUGAAAGCUUUGCCUCUGGGUAUUUGAAAAAUGGCGUAUCAAUAUUCUUAGAAGCCCCACCCCCCAAACUACAUUUUGGAAGGAUUUAUUACAGAUUUAUUUAAUAUUGCUGGAACACUUCUUGCAUCAUCUUGGUAACAGUGUAUAGUCUAACUAUGAUCUAUGUAGCAUAGCUAUGUGCUCAACUGUGCUAACAGAAACCAUAAAUGUGUGCACCUUAAGCCCUGAAGUAUGCAAGAUUGUCUUUUCCCCUUGGUUCGUUUCUAAAAAUGCUUUGAUUGUACUGACCCAGCAUAAGCACUUACCAUGAUAGUUUGAUAUAGUGGAUCUGAUUAAGCCCAUAUGUAGUUGAUAAUAAGCUGUCAAGGGUGUAUCUCGUUCCUAAUUAAAUCUUUAGGGUCUAUAUAAUUACAUGUAAAUUACAUUCAAAUAGAGUUAUUUUAAAAUCUCGCACUAUGGUGGUGUGGUUUCAGACAAAGAAGCACUUAGAAAAGGUUCAUCACUGGAUGAACCUGGACAGUCCUCUACCAAAUCUUUGGCACCUUAUUGACUUGAGGCCAAAAAAACAGGAAUAACACUGCCCAGUAAAAUAUGAAGUUGGAUUGUGUCAGUGUGGGUAAUAGCUGUGUGACACUGACCUUUCACAUUCAGUCUAGAACUACAAUUAAACUAAAAGUCAAAAUAGAACUAGGCUUCAUGGUGAAUUUGAAUGUGCCACUUAUAACCUAAGGUUUCUGUGGAAAUGUUUUAUCGGAGCAGUUGUGUUUUGUGGGAUUGAAAUGUGCCACUUUAGCGUCAUCUAACUACAGAAAUAGAUGCAUGUACAUCUUGCCAAUAACUGGUAGCACAGCUGCACGAAUAAAAGCAGUAAACCAACAUAUACUGCCUGAGAUAUGCUGACAAUGAGUUUUGUAAACUUUCUAAUCAAACAAAGAAAAGCUCUAACCAGCUAAUUAUAUUAAAAAGGCAAGUCAGCAAGAAGCACCUUAUUUCCUGAACUAUGUCAAUGGCUUCAUGUGUGCCACAAAAUUGACAUGGAAUAAGUUUUUUUUAUUUUGUUUUAAAGGUAAGAACCCUUGACAGUUAAUACAGCUGCAAGUAAAGCCCUGUGUUUAUUUUAUAAAGAGCUGGGGCCCUUCUGUAUCUUACACCGUCACUAGUGGUUCUUUCCUUUAAGUCAUUUCUGGUAGGGAUUAAGAAUACAACUGUUAUAGGUGUUAAGAGUAGAUGACAGUGUUGAGAUUUAAUGCAGCAAAGAAAAGACCAUUAGGAAUUUAGCUCCACUGGCCACCGAUAGGAUUACUCCAUAUUCAUAUAUUUUUAUGCUUUCAACUUCCUGACAUUAGUACAAAUGUUUUUCUCAGUAGUAUAAUGUUAAAACAUGACUUGGCUGUUGUUAAGAGAGGUUGUUAUCUCGAUUUGCUCACUAGAUCAAUUGAAACACACAGAUACAAGGACACCUAGAACAGACACAUCACAGACAAGUUGCAUUUGUUACCAGCAGCAUCUCAUUGUGCUGACAUGAUUUUGUGUAGUUUUGGUUUUGUGGAAUUGCCAUCUGGUCAUUGCAGGGUUCUACUAACCAUGCAAACUUAUGAGUGUAGGAAUUCUCAAACAGAUCAUGUUGAAGUAUCAGAGAGGCACAGUGCUAAAUGCAUAUUGGCAUAUACAUGGAUGGUAAACUUAGUUGCAUUGUAGCUAAAAUUGGAAAACAAUAGUAAACAUUUGAUAUAAUGUCCAUCACUUGACCUUGUAUGUUUAUGUUUGACAGGUUUAAGAUAAAUGCUUUCAUGCUUAUUCACAUCUGUUCGCACUGAAACUUUUUGAUUUUUCUCUUUUCCAAAAUCCUGAUUGUUCACCUAUAAUAAAACUUCCCACUGUUUGAUGGUUAAGUAAACAGGCUUUCACAUUAAGUCCAAUUCAAAAGCCUGCCUACUGAGACAUUAAAAGUAGCAAAUUACUUUUUAUUUCUCAAUAUCCAUUAGCCCUGAAAUCUGCUCAAAUAGCCACCUUUUUGGUUUUCUCUUUGUGCUACGCAACUCCUGAUUUACCUGACUUACUGUCAAGGUUACAUUAACAUUGGUAAACAGUUUUCUGUAUGUAUCUAUCAAGAGUUGAGGAAUAAAAAAAAAGAUAGUUUUGUAUAACUGUACUAAUUUUUUGGCUUACUAUCUUUAAUGUUGUUACAUCUUCUAAUUUUAGUCCUCUUACCAUUGCUUAAGUUUGUACUGAAAUAUGCCUAGUCAACAUAGAGAAUUUAAAGCUGUAGUGAUUGCCAUUCACUUUACCUGUAUUUUAUAUCUAAUCUUUAUCCCACUUUAUAAUUUGUUUAAUGUGUAAGUAAAUAUUUUCAACUUUUCAAAAGUAAAAUUGUCUGUACUGUUUGAUUCUCAUCAUGCCUUAGCAAAUGAUACCCAGACAUACAAGCACAAACAAAAAAACUGUGUGUGUAUAUAUUUAUGUAUAUGUACACACACACACACAUUCAGCACAUUUGCAAUACAAAGUAAUUAAUGACCCCCGCAUUGAUCAAACUACAGUUUAGUUACAUUCUUUUAUGUAAUAUUUCAAUGUAACCCUUGCACUUUUGAGACACGUUGAGAGUUUCUCUGAACACCAAUCUGACACUGGUCAAAAGUUGUUUUAAUUUUUUAAUUCAAGAACAGCAGUAAAGUUGAGUACCAUCAUGGUUUCAGCAGAAAUCAGAAAUUGUUGGCAGAAAAUAAUUCAAUACAUCAACGUAGACUGCAAACCUUUUUAUAUAUUUUCAACAAUAAAUCAUGAACAUUCUUGGCUCUAGAUAUGACCCUUCGACAACAUAAACUACUGAUUAAGGAUCUGACAUUUCUAAAAAAACAAAAGAUUCCUUCUGUCCUGCAGAAAAUAAUAAAGUGUUGUGAUGAAAAUGUUUCCUCUGAAUUAGCAAUGUAAUAGGGUUAUGAUCAACCGUAUUUAAAAGUAACCUUCCUCUACUUACAGAUAUUGAGACAUUUAUUCAAAUCUGUAAAGUGAACCAUGUUCCAUAAUAAAAGUGUUUUAUGAGAAUAGUAUAACUGUGACAGAAUUGUUGUCUGCCAUACACAAUGUGUCAUAAUCUAUUUGGUCUCUAGAUUCUCAUCGCAUAUUGUCCAGUUUGAAUUAAAAAAAAAAACAGAAUGUUUCUGUCUGCAUCGCUCCCCACCCUCACAGCCAUCAUCACUUUCCAACGUCGACUGCUAUUUUUUGCGUCUUAUUCUCCCCAAAUGAAUUGAUCUUGAACAUUUGUCUUGAUGCAUCAUUACGCAAAACUGCCAGAACUACUUUUUCAGCAAAGAUUUCCUAAAAAGAGGAUCAAAGUUAUCAAUAGACAUUUAUAAACAUUAUUGCUAAAACCAUUUAUCACCAUGAUUGCUGUUAUAACUAUGGCUGGUAUAAUUUGUCAUUGUAAGCAUGGAAGAAGCACCACUUUUCUUUUAUUUAGUUUGUGUGUGUUUUGGGAUUUUUUUGGUUUGUUUUAUAGCUGAGAGGUCCAGGUUCAGAAAGAGACAAAGAUACUGGUCAUAUUUGUACUGGUUGGGAAAUAACAAACAGUGCUGAAAUAAAUUUUAUUCUUUUAGUAAAAA